CAACAACAACAACAACACCAACAUCAACAGCAACAGCAACAGGCCAUCUCUCGUUUCCCUUCAAGCAUUGACGCUCACCUGCGACCUCAGUUCCUUCACCGUCCCAACAACAACUCCCAACAAUCCCAACCACCCCAACACCAGCACCAACAGCAAAACCCAAACCCUAACCCUAACCCCAACCCCAACCAUCCGAUCCCCAAUCAGCAAAAUCCUAACUCUAAUCCACACCUUCAACAAUUGCAACACAAGCCCAGUCCAACCACCCCUCCACCCAACCAGGCGGAACUCCACAUGGCCUACCAGGAUGCUUGGCGAGUCUGCCAUCCCGACUACCACCGUCCUUUCUCUUCCCUCGAAGACGCUUGUGAGAGGCUAUUACCUUACCAUGUAGUUGCUGACUAUGAGGCCGAGGAGGAUGAUAAAAUCCUGGAUUCUGACACGACAGGCCAGAUGCUCUCCCGCUCCCAGCAGUGGGAUCACAACAUUGCUGCCAAAGUUGCAGAAUUUACAGCCACAUUUGAGAAGCAGGUCCUUGCCUUCAACAUAAUCUCCCGCAAGCGAGGUCUUGGGGAGUUCCGAUCAGAGGAGAGGUUAAUGAUUGAGCAGGCUCUUCUACAGGAAGAGAGACGAGCCCUAAUUGAAGUGCGGGCAGAAAUAGGCUCAAGGCAGAAAGCAGGUCGGGAGGCUCAUGAGGCUAAUUUGCGUAAUGCAGCCAUGGUUCACCCUGGGCAGGCUCAUGGUGAGAUGAUGUCUGGAGCCUCAAAAUGUGGGAGUGGCCUUGGGUCUCGAGGAAGUAAUAUUGCAAUUGGUCGAGCCAUGGAAGAACAGGAGCAAGAAGUUAACCCAGACGACAUCAUUAAUGGAUGGGGAAACAAUGCACAGAGAGAUGAGGAGCCAUCUGAGGAUUUUCUGAAUGACGAAGAGACAGAAAAUGGAGAUGCGGGCCUGCAGACCGAGUGGCGUGGGGGAGGAGAAUUGGAUUUGAACACAAGAUAAACCUUGAAGUGAUGAUUAGCCACUACUAGGGCUGUGCACACGAAUAGGUAGAAGAUUUGCGCGGGCAAGAUAGUUUAGAAACCGUGACUUGAUGCAGGACUUUGUUUUCGUUAAAAUGGUUUCCAAUACAUUUUACACAUUUGAACGGUUGGUUAAUUGGGAUUUGGAUGAAUUCAUAUUCAUGAUAGUUUGUGGGGGCAAGUUGUUUGUCAUUUAUCUAAA